GCGCGCGUGCACGCACGCACAGGCACGCGCGCGCGGUAACCCCCCGCCGCCCCUCCCCCGCCCGGCCGUGACACCGCCGCACCCCGCUCGCCCCGUCCUACCGCCGCCGCGGGACGAGUUGAGGGACAGGGUCGCCGCGCCCGAUACCGAGCAGGUCCUGGGGGGAGACACACGUGCACGGCCCCGCGCACCGAGGCUUUUCUCUUUCCCUUAGCGUUUGACACUGUGUACCAAAGAAAUGGUGAUGGAGAAGCCAAGUCCCCUGCUCGUAGGGCGGGAGUUCGUGAGACAGUACUACACUCUGCUAAAUAAAGCUCCUGACUUCUUGCACAGGUUUUAUGGCAGGAAUUCUUCUUAUGUCCAUGGAGGACUGGAUGCCAGUGGGAAACCGCAAGAAGCAGUGUAUGGUCAAGCUGAGAUCCACAAGAAGGUGAUGUCAUUACAGUUCAGUGAAUGCCACACCAAGAUCCGUCAUGUGGAUGCUCAUGCUACUCUGAGUGAUGGAGUGGUUGUGCAAGUCAUGGGAGAGCUGUCGAACAAUGGGCAGCCCAUGAGGAAGUUCAUGCAGACUUUUGUGCUUGCUCCAGAAGGCUCUGUUCCAAACAAGUUCUAUGUCCAUAAUGAUAUCUUCAGAUAUGAAGAUGAAGUAUUUGGGGAUUCAGAAGGAGAACUUGACGAAGAGUCUGAGGAAGAGGUGGAAGAGGAGCAGGAGGAAAGACAACCAUCACCUGAACCUGUGCAAGAGAAUACAAGCAGUACUUACUAUGAAAACCAUGCUGUAACCAAUGGGAUAGAGGAGGCACUAGAAGAAUCCUCUCAUGAGCCUGAGCCAGAAUUGGAGUCUGAAACGAAAACUGAGGAGCCGAAAGGUGAAGCAGAAGAAAAGACCCUUGAGGAGCUAGAAGAGAAGUCUCCAUCUCCACCUCCCGUAGAACCUGUUUCACUCCCACAAGAGCCACCAAAGGCUUUCUCUUGGGCUUCAGUGACCAGUAAAAACCUGCCUCCUAGUGGUACUGUUUCUUCCUCUGGAAUUCCACCCCAUGUUAAAGCACCAGUCUCGCAGCCAAGAGUUGAAACAAAACCUGAAGCUCAGUCUCAGCCUCCUCGUGCCCGUGAACAGCGUCCCAGGGAAAGACCUGGUUUUCCACCCCGAGGACCUCGACCAGGGAGAGGGGACAUGGAACAGAGCGAGUCGGAUAAUCGUCGGAUCAUUCGCUAUCCAGACAGUCACCAGCUCUUUGUUGGGAACUUGCCACAUGAUAUCGAUGAGAGUGAACUGAAAGAGUUCUUCAUGAGCUUUGGAAAUGUGGUAGAACUUCGCAUCAAUACUAAAGGAGUGGGAGGAAAACUGCCCAAUUUUGGUUUUGUGGUAUUUGAUGAUUCUGAGCCGGUCCAGCGAAUUUUAGUUGCAAAACCUAUUAUGUUCCGGGGUGAGGUGCGCUUGAACGUAGAAGAGAAAAAAACAAGAGCUGCUCGUGAGCGAGAGACCCGAGGAGGCGAUGACCGUAGGGAUAUUCGGCGCAAUGAUAGAGGUCCUGGGGGCCCCCGUGGAAUAGUGGGUGGUGGCAUGAUGCGAGACCGUGAUGGAAGAGGACCCCCUCCGAGAGGCGGCAUGGUGCAGAAGCUCGGCUCUGGACGAGGCACAGGGCAAAUGGAAGGCCGCUUCACUGGACAGCGUCGCUGAGCCCUCCACUGUGGGCAGUCUGUCUUGGAAGUGGUACAUUAUCCAUCGUGUUUGCAUUCUUGUUAAUUUUUUUUUUUUUUUUGGCUUUGGAAUGUGACACAGCCCGUCUGGUCAUUUCUUUGAUGUGAAAGCAUCCUUUGGUUUCCAGUUUAAAUUGAGGUGGACGUUCUUUCCCCAGUUUCACAACAGGAGUCAUGCUGUUAAUUUAUAAAUGUAGACUUGGAGAAUUGAGGACUGGAAAAAAGAAAAAAAAAAAAAAGAAAAAGAC